AACAACAUGAGUCUUACAGCCAAAGACAAGUCCACUGUCAAGGCCUUUUGGGCCAAGAUCGCCAGUAAAGCUGACGACAUCGGGGGUGAUUCCCUGUCCAGGUUGCUGGUGGUCUACCCUCAGACCAAGACUUACUUCUCCCAUUGGAAUGACAUCACUCCCGGCUCUGCCCCUGUGAUGAAGCAUGGCAGGACUAUCAUGGGUGGCAUUGCCACGGCCGUAGGUGUGAUCGAUGACCUUAUUGGAGGACUGCUUACACUCAGUGAAUUGCACGCUUUCCAGCUGCGUAUUGAUCCAGCCAACUUCAAGCUCCUGGCUCACUGCCUGCUCGUGGAGUUGGCCAUCAUGUUCCCCGCUGAGUUUACCCCAGUAGUUCAUGUGUCCAUGGACAAGUUCUUCGCCGCUUUGGGGUUGGCCUUGGCCGAGAAAUACCGAUAA